UUCACUGGGCCGAGAUUCCGCAUCUUAGAACGAGUUGAGUUGUCAGGUGACCGGAGGCAAAAUCCGCGGAGGCUGAUCUCAAGUGCAGCGGGGAAAUCAGGAGGGGCCGGUGAAGGGAGACGGAGAGGCAACACAAAGAGAGGCUUAGGGAGAGACAUGUUGAGAGAACAUUCUCUGGGGAACACAAGUGACUAUGCAUCGUAGAUAGGUUAUACUUCAAUGCUGCGGAAUAACGUUCCGUCCCGUGCCUAGGGAGCUGGAAUUGGUUGUCGGUAACAAUAAAGUCCAAG